CUCUGACCCCGCACCACGCGCGAAACGGACCCAUCCGUUGCCUUAUAGUGCUAGUGACUUGUGUCGUGAUUAUUAUAUUUUAUAUACAGGGGCCCCAUGAAGCGACUGUCAUGCGCAUAGCGGCACUGAUUGCACUCGUGCAGCUGUCGCUCGUUACAGCUGAACCAGAUGUUCAAACGCUCACAGCAGCUGAGUUGAAUCUCCAAUUAGGAGGUGAAAAUGCCCUGUUUUUCGACGACGCAAGCGAGGAGGCCGGGGUCACCUUCGUGAGGGGGUACAGGGCCGCCGAGUCCCCACUCUCCCCUGACAUAGAUGUACAGUGUUCGGCAGACUUCAUCCAAGUCACUGUGGAAUUUCCCGAUAUUUUCGAUGGGAUUAUCUACAGCAAGGGUUACUUGAACGACCCUAAGUGCAAGUACGUUUCACUGGGAGGCAGCCAGUCUCGAUACUCUUUCCGAGUACCGCUGAAUGGCUGUGGUUCAAGACCGCUCUGCAAUGCCUGUGGUACCAUCGACAAUGUGCUCGUCUUCCAAGCGGACGACCUGGUGCAAGGAUCUUAUGAUUUCGCUAGGAAGGUCUCCUGUGCAAGCACGGCCUUGGAAGUGUCCGUGGGUGGCAAGAGACAAGAGCAGACGCAUAUAUUGAAGCUGAAGCCAUUCAUGGUGGACAUGCUUGAUGUUGUGGCCGUACAGGGACCAGCUGGUGGCGUGGAGUGCUGGAUGGACAUUCAGAAGGGAGUUUUCCCUAAUACUACUCCUUUGGAAAGUUCCAUUAAGAUCGGCGAGUACCUCACCAUCUUGAUUUACUUGAAAGACAUCAGGAACCAGUUCAAUCUGAAAAUCCACGAUUGUUGGGCAUACGACAAUGAGAACUAUGACAGUCCUCAAACGAACAAGAUCCAACUGACGGAUAAAGAAGGAUGUCCUAAGAAAAAGAAAUUCAUCGACGUAUGGCAGAAGUCCACAAAUACAGGAAAGAGUGGAGCUACGUUGAUAGCUUACAGCAAAGUAAGCGCCUUCAGGUUCCCCGAGACAGACCAAGUGUACUUGACUUGUAAUGUUGAGCUUUGCACAAGCAGCUGUGACUCAAGCUGCACUGGCGUGAUUAAAGAAAUUACCACAACUACGGAACCUCCACGAUGCUACCCAGGCAGCACAGACUCUCGCUGCCCGAGACCCACAACUCCGGAACCACCACGAUGCUUCCCAGGCAGCACAGAUCCUCGUUGCCCAAAAAUUACCACUCCUGAACCACCGCGAUGCUUCCCAGGCAGCACAGACUCUCGCUGCCCGAGACCCACAACUCCGGAACCACCACGAUGCUUCCCAGGCAGCACAGAUCCUCGUUGCCCAAAAAUUACCACUCCUGAACCACCGCGAUGCUUCCCAGGCAGCACAGACUCUCGCUGCCCGAGACCCACAACUCCGGAACCACCACGAUGCUUCCCAGGCAGCACAGAUCCCCGUUGCCCAAAAAUUACCACUCCUGAACCACCGCGAUGCUUCCCAGGCAGCACAGACUCUCGCUGCCCGAGACCCACAACUCCGGAACCACCACGAUGCUUCCCAGGCAGCACAGAUCCUCGUUGCCCAAAAAUUACCACUCCUGAACCACCGCGAUGCUUCCCAGGCAGCACAGACUCUCGCUGCCCGAGACCCACAACUCCGGAACCACCACGAUGCUUCCCAGGCAGCACAGAUCCUCGUUGCCCAAAAAUUACCACUCCUGAACCACCGCGAUGCUUCCCAGGCAGCACAGACUCUCGCUGCCCGAGACCCACAACUCCGGAACCACCACGAUGCUUCCCAGGCAGCACAGAUCCUCGUUGCCCAAAAAUUACCACUCCUGAACCACCGCGAUGCUUCCCAGGCAGCACAGACUCUCGCUGCCCGAGACCCACAACUCCGGAACCACCACGAUGCUUCCCAGGCAGCACAGAUCCCCGUUGCCCAAAAAUUACCACUCCUGAACCACCGCGAUGCUUCCCAGGCAGCACAGAUUCUCGCUGCCCGAGACCCACAACUCCGGAACCACCACGAUGCUUCCCAGGCAGCACAGAUCCCCGUUGCCCAAAAAUUAGCACUCCUGAACCACCGCGAUGCUUCCCAGGCAGCACAGACUCUCGCUGCCCGAGACCCACAACUCCGGAACCACCACGAUGCUACCCAGGCAGCACAGACUCGCGCUGCCCGAAACCCACAACUCCGGAACCACCACGAUGCUUCCCAGGCAGCACAGAUCCCCGUUGCCCAAAAAUUACCACUCCUGAACCACCGCGAUGCUUCCCAGGCAGCACAGACUCUCGCUGCCCGAGACCCACAACUCCGGAACCACCACGAUGCUACCCAGGCAGCACAGACUCUCGCUGCCCGAAACCCACAACUCCGGAACCACCAAGAUGCUUCCCAGGCAGCACAGAUCCCCGUUGCCCAAAAAUUACCACUCCUGAACCACCGCGAUGCUUCCCAGGCAGCACAGACUCUCGCUGCCCGAGACCCACAACUCCGGAACCACCACGAUGCUACCCAGGCAGCACAGACUCUCGCUGCCCGAGACCCACAACUCCGGAACCACCACGAUGCUUCCCAGGCAGCACAGAUCCCCGUUGCCCAAAAAUUACCACUCCUGAACCACCGCGAUGCUUCCCAGGCAGUACAGACUCUCGCUGCCCGAGACCCACAACUCCGGAACCACCACGAUGCUACCCAGGCAGCACAGACUCUCGCUGCCCGAGACCCACAACUCCGGAACAACCACGAUGCUUCCCAGGCAGCACAGAUCCCCGUUGCCCAAAAAUUAACACUCCUGAACCACCGCGAUGCUUCCCAGGCAGCACAGACUCUCGCUGCCCGAGACCCACAACUCCAGAACCUCCACAAUGCUUCCCCGGUAGCACUGAUGAUAGAUGUCCAAAGCCAACACCAACUCCAACCAGACCAGCAUGCUACCCAGGAUCACCAGACCCAAGUUGCCCUCAACCACCACGGCCAACCACAUUGAAUCCACCCACGUAUUUGCCACCCUCAACACCAGAACCCAAAUGUUUUGCAGGUUCCACAGAUGAAAGAUGCCCUCAACCUACCACACCUGCGCCACCUAAAUGUUUCCCUGGUAGCACAGACCCUCGCUGCCCGAAGCCUACCACUCCGGAACCUCCACGAUGCUUCCCUGGUAGCACAGACUCCCGUUGUCCGAGACCUACCACUCCAGAACCUCCGCGAUGCUUUCCUGGUAGCACAGACUCCCGUUGUCCAAAACCUACCACUCCGGAACCUCCCCGAUGCUUCCCUGGUAGCACAGACUCCCGUUGUCCGAAACCUACCACUCCGGAACCUCCGCGAUGCUUCCCAGGCAGCACAGAUCCCCGUUGCCCAAAAAUUACCACUCCUGAACCACCGCGAUGCUUCCCAGGCAGUACAGACUCUCGCUGCCCGAGACCCACAACUCCGGAACCACCACGAUGCUUCCCAGGCAGCACAGAUCCCCGUUGCCCAAAAAUUACCACUCCUGAACCACCGCGAUGCUUCCCUGGUAGCACAGACUCUCGUUGUCCCAAACCUACCACUCCGGAACCUCCACGUUGCUUCCCUGGUAGCACAGAUUCCCGUUGUCCGAAACCUACCACUCCGGAACCUCCGCGAUGCUUCCCUGGUAGCACAGACUCCCGUUGUCCGAAACCUACCACUCCGGAACCUCCGCGAUGCUUCCCUGGUAGCACUGAUCCUCGGUGUCCUAAGCCAACCACUCCGAAACCAACAAAACCAGCUUGUUACCCAGGAUCACCAGACCCUAGCUGUCCUCAACCACCACGGCCUUCAACAUUGAACCCACCUACUUACUUGCCGCCCUCAACCCCGACGCCUACUACACCUGCACCACCGAAGUGUUUCCCUGGCAGUGAUGACCCUCGUUGUCCCAAGUUCACAACUCCAGAAGCCCCUAGGUGCUAUCCCGGAAGUACAGACGUACGUUGCCCAAAACCUACUACACCGGCUCCUCCGCAAUGCUUCCCCGGCAGCACUGAUCUUCGCUGUCCAAAACCUACUACACCAGCUCCUACAACACCUGAGCCACCGAGAUGUUUCCCUGGCAGCACAGACUCUCGCUGCCCGAGGCCAACAACUCCGGAACCUCCACGAUGCUUCCCUGGCAGCACAGACUCUCGCUGCCCGAGACCCACAACUCCGGAACCACCUCGAUGCUUCCCAGGUAGCACAGACUCUCGCUGCCCGAGGCCAACUACUCCAGCCCCUCCAAGAUGCUUCCCAGGCAGCACAGACUCUCGCUGCCCGAGACCCACAACUCCGGAACCCCCACGAUGCUAUCCAGGCAGCACAGACUCUCGCUGCCCGAGACCCACAACUCCAGAACCUCCACGAUGCUUCCCUGGAAGCACAGAUCCCCGUUGCCCAAAACUUACCACUCCUGAACCUCCACGAUGCUUCCCUGGCAGCACUGACUCUCGGUGCCCUAAGCCAACGACUCCGAGACCGACAAAACCAGUAUGUUACCCAGGGUCACCAGACCCUAGCUGUCCACAACCACCACGGCCUUCAACAUUGAACCCACCUACUUAUUUGCCACCCUCAACCCCAGCGCCUACUACGCCUGCACCACCAAAGUGUUUCCCUGGCAGUGAUGACCCUCGUUGUCCCAAGCUCACGACGCCAGAAGCCCCUAGGUGCUAUCCUGGAAGUACAGACGUGCGUUGCCCAAAACCUACUACACCGGCUCCUCCGCAAUGCUUCCCCGGCAGCACUGAUCUUCGCUGUCCAAAACCUACUACACCAGCUCCUACAACACCUGAGCCACCGAGAUGUUUCCCUGGUAGCACAGAUUAUCGCUGCCCAAAACCUACCACUCCAGCACCUCCAAGAUGUUUCCCCGGUAGCACAGAUCCCCGCUGCCCCAAGCCUACAACUCCAGCACCUCCACGAUGCUUCCCAGGCAGUACAGAUUCUCGCUGCCCGCAACCUACUACGCCAGAAGCUCCAAGGUGCUAUCCAGGUAGUACUGACCUACGUUGUCCCAAACCAACUACACCAGCCCCACCAAGAUGCUAUCCUGGUAGCACGGACUCACGCUGUCCUAAGCCUACCACACCAGCCCCGACCACGCCAGCCCCUCCAAGAUGCUUCCCAGGCAGCACAGACUCUCGCUGCCCGAGGCCAACAACUCCGGAACCUCCACGAUGCUUCCCUGGCAGCACAGACUCUCGGUGCCCGAGACCCACAACUCUGGAACCACCUCGAUGCUUCCCAGGUAGCACAGACUCUCGCUGCCCGAGGCCAACUACUCCAGCUCCUCCAAGAUGCUUCCCAGGCAGCACAGACUCUCGCUGCCCGAGACCCACAACUCCGGAACCCCCACGAUGCUAUCCAGGCAGCACAGACUCUCGCUGCCCGAGGCCAACAACUCCGGAACCUCCACGAUGCUUCCCUGGCAGCACAGAUCCCCGUUGCCCGAGACCCACAACUCCGGAACCUCCACGGUGUUUCCCUGGCAGCACUGACUUGCGAUGCCCUAAACCUACAACACCUGAACCUCCCAAAUGCUUCCCUGGUAGCACAGACUCCCGCUGCCCAAGACCCACAACUCCGGCUCCUCCACGAUGCUUCUUUGGCAGCACUGAUCCUCGGUGUCCUAAGCCAACUACUCCAAAACCGACAACACCAGCAUGUUAUCCAGGAUCACCUAAUCCUAGCUGUCCACAACCACCACGGCCUUCAACAUUGAACCCACCUACUUACUUGCCACCCUCCACCCUGGCGCCUACUACGCCUGCACCACCAAGGUGUUUCCCUGGCAGCGAUGACCCUCGUUGUCCCAAGCUCACGACUCCAGAAGCGCCAAGAUGCUUCCCAGGCAGCACAGACUCUCGUUGCCCGAGACCAACAACUCCGGAACCACCUCGAUGCUUCCCUGGCAGCACAGACUCUCGCUGCCCAAGGCCAACAACUCCGGAACCUCCACGAUGCUUCCCUGGCAGCACAGACUCUCGUUGCCCCAGACCAACAACUCAGGAACCCCCACGAUGCUAUCCAGGCAGCACAGACUCUCGUUGCCCAAGACCAACAACUCCGGAACCACCUCGAUGCUUCCCUGGCAGCACAGACUCUCGCUGCCCAAGGCCAACAACUCCGGAACCUCCACGAUGCUUCCCUGGCAGCACAGACUCUCGUUGCCCCAGACCAACAACUCCGGAACCCCCACGAUGCUAUCCAGGCAGCACAGACUCUCGCUGCCCGAGACCUACAACUCCAGCACCUCCAAGAUGCUUCCCCGGUAGUACAGAUCCCCGCUGCCCCAAGCCAACAACUCCAGCUCCUCCACGUUGCUUCCCAGGCAGUAAAGAUCCUCGCUGCCCGCAACCUACCACGCCGGAAGCUCCUAGGUGCUAUCCAGGUAGUACUGACCAACGCUGUCCAAAACCGACUACACCAGCACCACCAAUAUGUUAUCCUGGUAGCAAGGACCCACGUUGUCCUAAAUCUACUACACCAACCCCGACCACGCCAGCCCCUCCAAGAUGCUUCCCAGGCAGCACAGAUUAUCGCUGCCCGAAACCAACCACUCCUGCACCUCCAAGAUGCUUCCCUGGUAGCACAGAUCCCCGCUGUCCCAAACCAACGACUCCAGCUCCUCCACGUUGUUUCCUAGGCAGUAGAGAUCCUCGCUGCCCGCAACCUACUACACCAGAAGCUCCAAGGUGCUAUCCAGGAAGUACUGAUCUACGCUGUCCAAGACCAACGACACCAGCUCCACCAAGAUGCUAUCCUGGUAGCACAGACCCUCGCUGUCCAAAAAUUACCACUCCAGCUCCUCCACGAUGCUUCCCUGGCAGCACUGAUACUCGGUGCCCUAAGCCAACCACUCCUAAACCGACAAAACCAGCAUGUUACCCAGGUUCACCAGACCCUAGCUGUCCGCAACCACCAAGGCCUUCAACAUUGAACCCACCUACUUACUUGCCACCUUCGACCCCAGCGCCUACUACGCCUGCACCACCAAGGUGUUUCCCUGGCAGUGAUGACCCUCGUUGUCCUAAGCCCACGACUCCAGAAACUCCUAGAUGCUAUCCUGGAAGUACAGAUACGCGUUGCCCAAAACCAACUACUCCGGCUCCACCGCAAUGCUUCCCUGGCAGCACAGACUCUCGCUGCCCGAAGCCUACCACUCCAGCACCUCCAAGAUGCUUCCCCGGUAGUACAGAUCCCCGCUGUCCCAAGCCAACAACUCCAGCUCCUCCGCGUUGUUUCCUUGGUAGUACAGAUCCUCGCUGCCCACAACCUACUACAACAGAAGCUCCAAGGUGUUAUCCCGGAAGUACUGACUUGCGCUGUCCAAAACCAACUACACCAGCCCCACCAAGAUGCUAUCCUGGGAGCACUGAUUCGCGUUGCCCGAAACCUACUACACUGGCUCCUACAACUCCAGCACCUCCAAGAUGCUUCCCCGGUAGCACAGAUCCCCGCUGUCCCAAGCCAACGACUCCAUCUCCUCCGCGUUGUUUCCCAGGUAGUACAGAUCCUCGCUGCCCGCAACCUACUACGCCAGAACCUCCAAGGUGCUAUCCCGGAAGUACUGACUUGCGCUGCCCAAAACCAACUACACCAGCCCCACCAAGAUGCUUCCCUGGAAGCGCAGACCCAAGAUGCCCAAAACCAACAACACCUAAACCUCCGAGAUGUUUCCCUGGCAGCACUGACCCUCGGUGUCCUAAGCCUACCACUCCGACACCAACAAAACCAGCAUGCUAUCCAGGAUCGCCAGACCCAAGUUGUCCUCAACCAACGAGACCUACCACUUUGAACCCACCUACAUAUUUACCUCCCUCAACACCUGAAUUUAAAUGCUUCCCAGGCUCUACAGACUCGCGCUGCCCUCGGCCUACUACACCUGAACCUCUAAGGUGCUACUCUGGUAGUACUGACCCUCGUUGCCCAAAACCAACAACCCCUGAACCACCAAGAUGCUAUCCAGGCCGUUCUGACCCUCGUUGCCCCAAACCAACUACUCCUGAACCUCCAAGAUGCUACCCAGGCAGUUCUGACCCUCGUUGCCCCAAACCAACAACUCCUGAACCACCAAAAUGCUUCCCAGGCAGUUCUGACCCUCGUUGCCCCAAACCAACAACUCCUGAACCACCAAAAUGCUUCCCAGGCAGUUCUGACCCUCGUUGCCCCAAACCAACUACUCCUGAACCUCCAAGAUGCUACCCAGGCAGUUCUGACCCUCGUUGUCCAAAACCAACAACUCCUGAACCACCAAAAUGCUUCCCAGGCAGUUCUGACCCUCGUUGCCCCAAACGAACAACUCCUGAACCACCAAAAUGCUUCCCAGGCAGUUCUGACCCUCGUUGCCCCAAACCAACUACUCCUGAACCUCCAAGAUGCUACCCAGGCAGUUCUGACCCUCGUUGUCCAAAACCAACAACCCCUACUUCAACACCCAGUUCAUGCUACCCUGGAUCUAAGGAUCCAAAAUGCCCACAACCGUUCGCUCCCAGCAGUACAAAUCCCCCAACCACAUACUUGCCACCAUUCCCUGCAGAAAAUGAAGUAAGCCCGUCCAGAAGAUUAGUCAAGAAAAGUUUUGAUUACUACGAUGAUUCACAAUCGGAUAUUGACAACAUCGAUUUCGCCCGAACAAAACCGAGGACAAGAUAUGCAAGGGAUUUAUCAAGAACUCUAGCCAAUGCUAUUGAAUCCAGCACAGGAUUGUCUGCAUACGCCUAUAUAGGGAUAAUAGGAUCUAUUGUUGUCGUUUUGUCAAUAGCAAUGAGUGUAUUUGUGCUCAGAUCUAAGAAAAAUCUGAAACAAGAAUCAAACGUAGAAAAUAAUAAGCAUCCUUGCUAAUCAAAAAGUUUUAUAAGUAUGUGAUAUUAUAUACGUGUAUGAUAUUGUUAAUAAUAUGUUUAAUAUACGAAAUUUUACUAUAAUACUUUAUGUAAUAUGGAAGCAUAAUACGAAAUGUAAUUUUUACUUAUUUUUAAUGAAACUUUCACUGCCUAUAUGCUUUAUAAAUAUUUUACAGGCAUUUGUGUUGAUGCCUAUUUUAUAUAUAAAUAAAAUAGUGCCAUAGGAUUAAUAAAAGUACGCAUUACUUACUUUAACAUCGUUUUAGCGAUGUUAUAUAAAUAUAUACUCAUAUUGUCCAAUUUUUGUAAUGUACCUACCUACUAUAAUAAUAAUAAUUUAUCAUACACGCUUAGGCAAAGGACAGCUUUUAUUAAAUGCUACUUAAAUACUGGUUUUAAAUGAUAAUUAUUACCUAAACCCUAGUCAAAAUAUAAACAAACACCCAGUGUAUUUAAAACUGAUAAUAUUAAAUGUAUUUCGAGCACUAUAUUAUUUUAUAUGCAUUAUUAUAUACUCAUUUGUGAUAUAUUUGUAAAUAUUUACCAGUAUAGUACGAUAUUGUGGCCAUUCAAUUUUAUAAGUUAAGUUUUUGCCAAUUUAUUAUAUUAUAAUGUCGAUUUAUGUGAACCUACAUUCUGUGUUGUGAGAAAAUUGUACGAAUUAAGUAUAAUAAUCGCAAUUAUUAUAUUUUAUGAGUACUAAAGUUCAAAUUGUGCAAUGGAAACCGCGUAGGUUUAUAUCGAGGGAUGAUUUAUUUUAUGAUGCCCUAUUUCACGAAGACCGGUUGGCCAUAUUUGUGUGUGCACACGUACACAUUAUUGCAUGGCACACAAAAUGCAUUAACGCUGGUACUCUCACUACUAGAACCAAAGCUGAGCGGUCUAAAAUAGAAUAACAUACACCCCGCCAAGAGCGUAUCAUGGAUGAGCCUUUACCGUUUUCUAACGUCAGCAAACUCCUAAUAAUAUGAUAAUUGCGAUACAAGUGUAAGACGAACAAAGUUUGGGCACUUUAAACUUGGUAUUCAUUGCAAAGUAAGACAGAUUUUUACAACAAAAUAUAUACCUACGUGCAGUUUCCGCAUCUUUUUGAACAGAACUAUUGUAUGUAGUGCCUCUCAAUACUAUUUUGAUGAAAUUAACAACUCUUGCUAACUUCACUCACAAUUUCAUAAAGCCUGGUAUUCAACAAAGAGAUGAGCGGAGAUUUGUUAUGACCAAUCACGUAAUAUAUUUUUCACGUCAUCUGUGGAUAAUCUGAUUGGUCUGCUAAACCACAUAUCCGCUCAUCUCCACUUUAGUGGUUACCGGGCCUUACGUUUCCCACAUUGUUUUUUUCUUGUGCGUGAAAUUAGUAGGAGUUACAAAGUUCUCCGUCAUUACCUACUUAUUUAGUUCUAAAUAGUAGUUCACUAUCCACAAUACAGAAUGGCAGG